GCAAAAAUUCUUAGGUAGACUCUUGAGGUUGCGAAGAGGAAGUGCUGUAUGAAAAGCAUAUAUUACAAAAAUAGCAAUAUAACGCAUAGCCUACUACGGCAUGAACGUGGCACACAGAAGAAUCGAAACCAUUCAACAAUAGACUAUGCAAAGAAACCAUCAAUAACCACACAACUGUACAAUGGUUUCCACAUUUUUUUUUUACCAUAUGUCCAUCGCACCGCUGCCAGCAAGAUUGAACGACAGCAUGAAUAGGCAUUCUUGCAUAUCAUCAUGUCUGACUGCCAUUCACGGAAUUUAAUUAGUAUCAAGUACUAUUUGCGAACGUUGUUUGCCUGAGCUAUUAAUCUAUAGAGUGGCUACAUAGUUAGCCAACAUAUACUUUUAAGUGUCGUCUGUAGUAUCUGCUCGUUAUCAUUGAGUUGUCUUUCUGCUUGGUCAAUGUGUGGAGAGCCCGUGGAGAGUACACGUGUCUCAGUAAUGUACCGGAAAAUGUGCAUUAUACGAUGGACCUAUACUCGGUAGUAUAUUGUGCAUGAUUAUACGCGGGGAGCCAUGUUAAUUAUGGUUGUAUGAAAGAGUACGUACAUUGAGAAGUAUAUUUGGAUGCGUUGCCCGAGGCAGAAUACUAUUAAAGUGCCUGGAUGAAUCGUCAAGUACAGCGUUGAAGUACCACUUUUGCAUACCCAAUUCUGAGGCCAAAUCUGAUUAUAGACCUGAUCUGAUCAUCGACGAAUAUAUAUAAAAGUGCCGGGCGAUCGAACUCCUGAAAUAUUUAUGUCUAUAUAGGCUAUAGAAGAUCAGGUAUAGCCUUCCGACGUCAAACAUGGAAAACCGUUUGGGUUAUUCAGUGCUCAGAAACUUCGACUACUCUCAACCAUUUGAAGAAGGUGUUGCCAACAGAGGAAGACAAGAACAUCAAAGUGCGCACAUCCUUAGCAAAACUUGCCUCGAUUUAUUCCUGCCAUCUUCAGGUAAUCCAAUUUCUACUGUCGAGAGCAAGAAAGUGUCUGAUGAUUUUAUAAACGAUGGCCGUAAAUUAGAAGGACCUUCUCUGGACAGUGGAGGAACUUUAGGUGGAAACGUCGUUGUUAAAUCUAAAAUGCAGAAAUCACAAAACAGCUGCAAGAGCACGGAAGACGCUGAGGUGGAAUCGCCCAUCUCUUCAUGUACUAAUGAACCAAUUACCACUCAAAAAGAGGAAAAAAAUUCAGACAAAAAUGUGAGAAAGCGUGAUGCAAACGGUGAAAUUGGAGGCAAAAGACCACGCCCACCACCACUUGUGGUGUUUGCAUAUGGCGGGGGAUGGCGACGCGGAGACAAGCAGACUUGGCGUCACUACAUGUCUCGCUGGGAAUGCAACUUCAGUCUAGCAGCUAUGGUCGGCCGUGACCGUCUGUACAGCAACAUUGGAGAGAGUUUUGCCAGUCGGGGAUUCCCCUGCGCCAUCUUGUCCUACCCGAUCGCACCGACCCCGUGGUUGAUCAAUCUAAUCGAGAUGGCGAUCUCAUUGUCGUAUGCUCUUGCCUAUUGGAUACUUGCAGCCCUCUUACUGUUUAUCGUCCUGGAAGUCUUGCCGAUAAGUUGUAUUUCUUUGGACAGUCGUCUAAGAGUUCCUGUCAUGCCCCUAAUAGCAGGAGUGAUUAUUGUAGCGCAAUGGAUUACUCUCGCCAUCAUGAUCUCUCGCGAGCUAUACUUAGAGAGACGACAUCAAUCGGGUACACAGAAGAACAUUUCAAGUAAAAUGCCGAUUGUUGUAGCACUUGUAGCGACAAUCACGACAGUAUCAACAUUAGACAUUUCCACCUUGGCAGAAAACAACACUCUAGCGCUUUCAAUCUCAGGAAUACUAGUCUUUACCGUUCAGUGUCUUAUCUUUUACUUUCGACAGACAACGACCUUCGACCUUGGAUCCAGUCUUGUUGCUGGCCCCAAGGAUCAAGCAGAGUGUGUAACACUUGCCUUGAAAUGGUUAGUGGACUAUGGACAGUCAACUGGUCACUUUGAUCCAGAAUCUAUUAUCCUUGCUGGACAUUCGGCCGGUGGUCAUUUGGUAUCCCUUGUAGCCCUAGAUCAUCAUUAUCUGACAGACGUCGGGAUAUCUCCACAAGUUAUUAAGGGUGUCAUCAGUUUGUCAGCUGUCCAUGAUCUUCAAAGUAUCAGUAAAGGAUUCAACUACCAUAUCUAUCUGAAACCAGCAUUUGGAACAGAUCCUACGUACUGGACGAGCAUGUCUCCUAUCGAAUAUGUCAAGCUGCUUGAUGAAAAUAAAAAUCCAACUCCUACAUCAACAUCAUCUGAAGAAGAAGAAUCAUCAUCAUCAUUACCAACAUCAUCAGCAGCAGCAUCAUCAUCAUCUACCUCACCAUUAAUAUUACCAACAUCAUCAUCUUCUAAAACCAUCACCACCAUCACCACCUCCAUCACAACUCGAAGUAACAUCAUCACCAUCAUCCGCUACGACACAAACUCCAUCAGCCCCUCAUCGACCCCACUUCCUCAUCAUCAGUCCUGCCCAAGACUUUGCUUUCAUGAUCAAGGAUGGCGACAAGAUGUGCUCGGUUCUAUCCAAGAAUGGGUACAUUACCCAGAGGAGAUGGAUGGAGGGAUGCGGUCAUUUCAACGUGGUGAGGAAGUUUGGUUGCCCCUGGUAUCGGUACUGGACUGGGGUUCUUCAAAAGAAAGGAGGAUGGGUGCCUUGUGA